CCUAACCUAAACGCAACGCAAGCGGCGAACAGUGUUUUGAUAGAUAAUUGAUGUUUGUGAAGAGUGAGUGAGUGAGGCGAGGGUUGUUUCAUUUCAUUGCUGGCAGAACAAAAAGUUAUUUGUAUUGUUUUGCUUGCGAGUGUAUUCGAGAGCGGAACCUUGAUUGAACCUGUUGCGUUGCGUUGCGUCGCGUUUCAUUUAAAAGCGGUGUCGUUUCUCUCUCUCUCUCUCUUCUGUGUUGCGCCCACAAAUAUUCCAAAACCCCCUCCCUCUCGCAAGCACCGCACAAACCCAGUUCGCGUGGCUGGAAUCCGGUGACGAUGGCGGCGGCAGCGGCGACUACUCCAUCGUGGCAGCCUCAGGAGCAAGGGUUCAAGGAGAUCUGCGGCCUACUUGAGCAGCAGAUUUCGCAUUCUUCUUCCGCCGAUAAGGCUCAGAUUUGGCAACACCUUCAGCGCUACUCGCAUCUCCCUGACUUCAACAAUUACCUCGCCUUCAUCUUCUCCCGCGCCGAGGGAAAGUCGGUGGAGGUUCGGCAGGCUGCAGGGUUAUAUCUGAAGAAUAACCUCAGAAACACGUUCAAAUCUAUGCAGCCUGCAUACCAACAGUAUGUGAAAUCAGAGUUGCUGCCUUGUCUUGGUGCAACAGAUAAGCACAUAAGGUCUACAGCAGGAACUAUUAUUAGUGUUGUUGUUCAAAUAGGAGGAGUUGUUGGGUGGCCUGAAUUGUUGCAAGCCCUUGUAAAUUGCUUGGAUAGUAAUGAUCUAAAUCACAUGGAAGGUGCAAUGGAUGCGUUAUCCAAGAUCUGUGAGGAUAUUCCCCAAUAUCUUGACUCUGAUGUACCAGGGUUAGCAGAACGCCCUAUUAACAUAUUUCUUCCCAGAUUAUUUCGGUUUUUCCAAUCUCCUCAUGCUUCAUUGAGAAAAUUAUCACUGGGUUCUGUAAAUCAAUACAUUAUGUUAAUGCCUUCUGCCUUAUACGUAUCCAUGGAUCAAUAUCUUCAAGGUCUGUUUAUUCUCGCUAAUGACGCUGCUGCUGAAGUGCGGAAGUUGGUUUGUGCAGCAUUUGUUCAGCUAAUUGAAGUUCGCCCAUCUUUCUUGGAGCCACAUUUACGGAAUGUUAUUGAAUACAUGUUACAAGUCAACAAGGAUACAGAUGAUGAAGUAGCCCUUGAAGCUUGUGAAUUUUGGUCUGCUUAUUGUGAUGCUCAACUGCCACCUGAAAACUUAAGAGAAUUCUUGCCCCGUCUUAUUCCAGUAUUGCUGUCAAACAUGGCUUAUGCAGAUGAUGAUGAAUCAGUUAUUGAAGCUGAGGAAGAUGGUUCUCAGCCUGAUCGAGAUCAGGAUCUUAAACCUCGAUUUCACGUAUCAAGGUUUCAUGGAUCAGAUGAAGUAGAAGACGAUGAUGAUGAUGUUGUCAACACAUGGAAUUUACGGAAAUGCAGUGCAGCUGCUCUUGAUAUUCUUUCAAAUGUGUUUGGAGAUGAGAUCCUUCCAACUCUUAUGCCUAUUGUUGAGGCUAAGUUAUCUGCUGGUGGGGAUGAUGCUUGGAAAGAUAGGGAAGCUGCUGUCUUGGCUCUUGGUGCUAUAGGCGAAGGUUGCAUCAAUGGUCUUUAUCCGCAUCUGUUGGAGAUUGUGGCAUUUCUUAUCCCUCUUCUUGAUGAUAAGUUUCCUCUGAUACGAAGUAUUUCAUGCUGGACACUAUCACGAUUUAGCAAAUUUAUUGUUCAGGGUAUUGGGCAUCCUAAAGGCUAUGAACAAUUUGAUAAUGUUCUUAUGGGUCUUCUACGAAGAAUUUUGGAUGAUAAUAAGCGGGUCCAAGAGGCUGCUUGUUCAGCCUUUGCAACUCUGGAAGAGGAGGCUGCUGAAGAGUUGGCUCCACGCUUGGAAAUUAUACUGAAGCACCUGAUGACUGCAUUUGGGAAAUAUCAGAGGCGAAACCUCAGAAUUGUAUAUGAUGCUAUUGGAACUCUAGCUGAAGCUGUUGGAGGAGAGCUGAAUCAGCCUGUUUAUCUUGACAUUCUCAUGCCACCAUUAAUUGAGAAGUGGCAGCAACUUUCAAAUUCAGACAAAGAUCUUUUUCCGCUCCUGGAAUGCUUUACAUCUAUAGCACAUGCUCUGGGUACUGGUUUUGCUCAAUUUGCUGAACCUGUAUUUAGGAGGUGCAUAAAUAUAAUCCAGACCCAACAAUUUGCUAAGGCUGAUCCUGCCGCCACCACAGGGGUUCAGUAUGACAAGGAGUUUAUUGUAUGCUCUCUUGAUUUGCUUUCUGGACUAGCAGAGGGUCUUGGCAGUGGAAUAGAGAGUUUGGUUGCACAAUGUUCUUUGAGGGACCUACUUCUGCAUUGUUGUGUGGAUGAUGCUCCUGAUGUUAGACAAAGUGCCUUUGCCUUACUUGGAGACCUUGCGCGAGUGUGCCCGGUUCAUUUGCACCCUCGUUUGUCUGAGUUUCUUGAGGCUGCAGCCAAGCAACUGGAGAUUUCUAAGGUAAAGGAGGCUAUUUCAGUAGCAAAUAAUGCAUGCUGGGCAAUUGGAGAAUUAGCAGUUAAGGUUCGUCAAGAAAUUUCUCCCAUUGUUUUAACUGUAAUUUCAUGCCUGGUCCCAAUUCUUCAGCAUGCAGAGGGACUCAACAAGUCACUUAUAGAAAAUAGUGCAAUAACAUUGGGGAGGCUUGCAUGGGUCUGUCCGGAGCUUGUAUCACCACAUAUGGAGCAUUUCAUGCAAUCUUGGUGCACUGCUUUGUCAAUGAUACGAGAUGAUGUUGAGAAAGAGGAUGCUUUUAGAGGUCUAUGUGCUAUGGUUAAGGCUAAUCCUUCUGGAGCUCUAAGCUCGCUUGUUUACAUGUGCAAAGCCAUUGCAAGUUGGCAUGAAAUAAGGAGUGAAGAUUUACACAAUGAAGUCUGCCAGGUCUUACAUGGGUAUAAGCAGAUGCUGCGCAAUGGAGCGUGGGACCAGUGUAUGUCUGCUUUGGAGCCUCCAGUAAAAGAAAAGCUUUCGAAAUAUCAAGUAUAAUUCAAUUGCGUGAGCAUUGUAUCUGCAUUGAUCUUGUUAAUCAUUUUGUGUGUUGUCAAGCAAUAUUGGAGUCACGAUUCAUAUUAAGUGGGAGCUGAGUCUCGGUCCAAGUUUUCAGACAGGGUACCAGUACUUAAACAAUUCGUUUGAGCUUGAUGAUUACAGGAAGUUCCACAAGCCUUGAAGAUCUCACUUGAUGGAGUUUCCCAUGAGAAAUGUACAGGGGAAUGACUUUCAGCCUUUAGAAAUGCUUGAUUCUUUUUUGUCUUAAUAGUUGAAGCCUUAAUUAAAAGCUAGGAGUUUUAUUCGACCCUUGUGUUCGUCGUCACAGUUUUCCAAUAUUUUUACAAGUUGAUAGGUUGUGUCUUGGUUACACAGUUUUGUACCACCAGAGAGAGAGAGAGAGAAGGGGGGGGGGGGGGGGGGGGUAUGAUCUGACUUGUAUUUUCCAGCGUAUUUAGUUGUUAAAUUGUUUGUGAGCCGUAACUUGAAAAUCAAUUUCAACUGUGUUGCCUCAGGCAGCGCAUCAUUUAAAUUUUGAUUGAGACAAUAAUUAGUUAAACUUAUGUAUGCUUA